GCAAACGUGCCAAACAGAGUUACUGCUUUAGUCCCCGCAUCAAAAUCCCCCGCGACGGUGAUCGUUCUUCAGACAAGUGAAGCACUUUCUACAGCGAUACCCCGGCGGAUUUUUAUAUUAUGGCUCCUACCGAGUCCAAGAAGCGCUUGGCGCUUGCAAUCAUCGACUUUCUGGGCUCCAGCUUGAAGGAUGGAACCCUUACUGCUGAUGACGCAGAAUCGAUCGAAAUCGCUCAGUCGUGCAUCGCGGAUACCUUCAAGGUUGAUCCUUCCAAUGAAGCUGCUGUGAAGGAGGCUGUCGGCGGUCAGUCUCUUGCUAGCAUCUAUAGUGUAUACGAGAAGCUCCGCAAUAAGGGUGACUCUGCUAGUGCCGGAGCGCAGGCCAGCUCCAGCCAGAAGCCCCAAGCCGGUGCUCCUACUGCCGAGUCUGAUAAGCUGAAGUCGGAGGGUAACGCUGCCAUGGCACGCAAGGACUACAAUUCCGCUAUCGAUCUCUACACCAAGGCUUUGUCCAUUGCCCCCUCCAACCCUAUCUACCUCUCCAACCGCGCUGCUGCCUAUUCUGCCUCCGGUCAGCACGAGAAGGCAGCCGAGGAUGCCGAGCUCGCCACUGCUGUCGAUCCCAAGUAUUCCAAGGCAUGGAGCCGUCUGGGUCUUGCUCGCUUCGACCUGGCUGAUUUCCACGGCGCUAAGGAGGCCUAUGAGAAGGGUAUCGAGGCUGAAGGCAAUGGCGGCAGUGAGGCCAUGAAGAGAGGUUUGGAGACCUCCAAGAGAAAGAUCGCGGAAUCUACUCGUGGUGCCGAACCUCCUGCUGAUGCUGUUGACGAUGCCGCUGGAGCUAGCCGUGGUGCUGGUGGCAUGCCGGAUCUCUCUUCCCUCGCCGGCUUGAUGGGUGGCGGCCGCGGUGGCGGUGGCGGCGGCAUGCCCGACCUUAGCUCCCUCAUGAGUAACCCUAUGUUCUCCAGCAUGGCUCAGAAUCUGAUGAGCAACCCGGACAUGCUCAACAACCUCAUGAGCAACCCUCAGUUGAGGCAGAUGGCAGAGAACUUCGGCAGUGGUGGUGGAAUGCCAGAUAUGUCAAGCCUUAUGAGUGACCCUAACAUUGCUGACAUGGCUCGGAAUCUAAUGGGUGGUGGUGGUGGUGGUGGUGCCGGUGGUGCCGGACGUGGUCAAUAAAUACGAGACUGCUCUGAUGUUUAUUACAUUCCUGAUAUCUCGCUUACUUUGAGGAAUCAUUCAUAUUAAAUAUUUUUCACCUACACUUAGCUAUGUACAUCUCAGCAAAACUUGGUCCUUAUGUUACGG